AUGGAUGAUGGUUGUUUCUGGAGGGUUGAUAUCUUACAUGCCUUAUUUUCAGAGAGGGAUAGAAAAUGCAUUCUUCAAAUCCCCUUGAGUCCCUCUCGUCGUGAAGAUGACUGGUUGUGGCGAGAGGAGAAGACUGGCCAAUCCUCAGUUAGAAGUGCUUAUAAGUUGCUUAUGCGUGAUUUCCUUUCUCUUACAUCUGCUGACAUGGGACGCUUCUGGUCCUUGCUGUGGAAACUAAAACUUCCAGCAAAGUUGGACUUUACCAUGAAUGAGUUCCUGUCAAAUGUGUUUAAUGUCUUUUCGCUUUCAGACACUCAUAAUUUCUGCUUUGUUAUUUGGGUGAUAUGGAAGUUCAGGAAUUCUGUGGUUUGGCAGCAAAACAACUCAUCUGCUGCACAAGAUUUAGGAGCAGGAUUUGAAUGGUUCCAUUCUUGGCAGUAUGCCCAAGUCCAGAAGUCGGUCCCUGAUGCUUCUGUCAGUUCUGAGUUUGUGAUAUGGCAAAGGCCUGCUGUGGGAUUUGUAAAGUGUAAUACAGAUGCAUUGUUCAGACCACAGAAUGAGUUUGUAGGUGCAGGUUGGGUGCUAAGGGAUUCUUAG